AAUGACAUCUUUAACAUUUUGACCUAGUUUGCUACCAGGGUGAAAAUUGCGACUUAUUAUUACCCAAAGUUAACCGAAGGGCGAGGACGAGGACGCAAAGUACCUUGUUCUCGACAGUCUUCGAUCGAUGAGUUCGAGGCCUUUACAUGCUUUACAACACACGUACGUUUAGUGCGAUUCACGUGUUCAAGUCAGUUCAAGCGUUCGCAUAAUACGCUAUAUAUACAUUUUUCAUGAAAUUUACUUGAAUUUACUUAUAAGAGAUUUGUCACCCUUCGGAUAAUCUAUAAACGUUUAAUUUAAUACUUCUGAAAUUCGAGUGUUAUGCCUCGUAACUUACGGCUGGAUUUAAUAUGUUCUUAAUAAUCUUCGUGUGUUUCAUUGUUUGGAUGCUAAUCAGGUUAGAAAAUCUUCAAUACCGACUGUGAGAUUGAUCAUCGUAUUGACCAAUCAUGGAAGAGCGUUUUCUAGAAUGCCAACUUAGGUUACGAAUGGUACAGUUUACAGAAUUCCACGUAUGGAAUGCACUACAAUGGACAAUGUAUCAACUAGUACAGACAAGAAGAAAAACAAAAUGACAAGACAACUUGCUUCAAGUACUGAACGUAAGGCAUCUGGAUGCAAUUGGGAGACAUACAAGACUUUGUUUUCUAAGGCAAAGACAGAAGAAAGCACCACAGAGAAAAAUGUCUCACAAAACAGGCAUUCAAAACUCAGAAAAGUAUACACCACUCCACUUUGUGUGAAGGAUUCACAGAAAGAAAACGACAAACAUGAUGCUGUUCAAAGCAAUCCCGCCAAGUAUAAAGAGAGCAAAACUCUGACAAAGCAGCUCGCCAUGGACUGCGAAAUGGUCGGGAUCGGCGAUGGUACGGAGAGCAUGCUUGCCCGAGUGUCAAUUGUAAAUAAAUACGGCGACUGCGUGUAUGAUAAGUACGUCAAACCGAGAGAGAAGGUCGUGGAUUACAGAACGGCGGUCAGCGGUAUUCGACCAGAGCACAUACAGAGCGGGGAGAGCUUCAACGUCGUACAGAGGGAAGUAGCGGAUAUCUUAAAGAGUCGAAUUCUAGUGGGCCACGCGUUGAAGCACGAUCUCAAUGUGCUGUACCUAUCGCAUCCGCGAAGAUACUGGCGGGACACCUCGAGGUAUAAGCCCUUUCGUCAAAUAUCUAAGGGAAACACUCCCAGCUUGAAGAAGCUCGCGUACGAGUUAUUAGGCAGAGAGAUACAAGUGGGCGAGCACAAUUCCGUGGAGGACGCGAAGGCGGCGAUGCAAUUGUAUAUGUUGUAUAAAAAUAAGUGGGAAUCGGAAAGGAAACAUCGAUAAAUGUUGGAUCUUUAUGGACGAUAUUACAUUUGCAAGAUCUUUCAUCUUUCCAAGUCUUUCACGAAACAUUAGUCUAUGUUCUCAACUCACUUUUAUAGAUAAAUGUAUCUUCAAGUAUAGUUUGCGUUACAUUUACUAGAAUCGUAAUAGAAUUGUAAUCGCAAUAAAUUUUUAUUUAUCGAUGAAGAUGAGUUGAUAAUAUGGGUUAAUGUGUAUCCAUAAACAUAAAAAAAAUUAAAUCAUUGGCCUAUACUCUCAAAUCACUUUCAUCAAUAAAUGCAUUUGUAUUUUUGAGAUUCUACAGUAUAUGUAACAUAAAUUACAUACUUAAAAAUACAUUUAUUGAUAAGAGUGAUUUAAAAAUAUGGAUUAUUUAUCACAUAUAAGUAAGAAUAUAAAAUCUUAGAAUGUAGAAUCUUUAAAGAAUACACAUUUAUUAUGUAAGAUUAUAAAGAUUAUAAAGAUAAUUUUAAUAUACUAAAGAUAAUAAACAUAAUUUUCUUACAUGAAAAAAUUUUAUAAUGAUCUUUUAUUAAGAAGAAUGUGUUCGUUUUUCUUCCACUCAUAAUGAUUAUUAUGAGUUGAAAGGAAAAAAUAUCAAAUAUAAAAUGACAAUAUUUUUAAACCAAGAUUUAGAAUUUUUUAAUAUUAUUGUUAUCAACAAUUAUAUUAUUAUUAUAAUGUUGAAAUAAAAAUAUUUUAGUAAAAUUUGAGAUUAAUUUUUUAAAAGAUUUUAGAUUCUUGUUUAUACAGUGAGGCAAGGACUGUUGAUUUGAUAUCUUUUUUCUGCAUACGUAACAAAAAGAAAAA